AUGGUCUUUAUCUCGGUACCAGCGACUCGAUUGGGCCCCAUGCCUCUCCUCUUCGUCAAUAAAGACGCGAGCAACUUGGAAAGAACUUCUGCAGAAGCCUUUGCUAUUGGUUCCCACAUAUCAAAGACACAUCGCAAGUGGUUGAAAUGCCAGCGGCUCAAACAAAUUGAAUAUCCCGACAGAUCGAAGGAGGAUUGUGUAUACUUCGGGGCUUCCAAGUCUGGACACCGUGUAGCCUCACCAUAUCAACAUCUCGGAUCUGAACUUGGUCUUAACGCCUACGAGGGAGACAGUUACGGCGCACAUCCCACCCACAUUUCGCAAGGCGGCGCAGUGCUUCAAGCAAGAAGAGGCUUGGAAGAAAACACAGGGCCAACAAAUACGCCCGCAACCAGUCCUUCCUCAUCGAAGACACUGGCGAACCCGAAAGAUCAGAUUUGUAAGGCGCCACCACUCCUUCGACCAAAUCUCCCUUUUGAACCCUUUUCUGCUUCAGUGGUCCCCAUGACAGCCACGAUUCGAGAAUUGCUGUCAUUGGCACAGUGUUUUCACGUCUUCUCGGCUUGGCCUGUCAAGAUGAGCAAAAUCCUUCGCGAUCAACUAACGCAAAGCUUUGAAGAUCAUCUAUCCAUUGCUAUUUCAGACGAAGGAGAAAUGAAUGCCCUGCUUGCGGCAGGUUAUUACGCUAAGUCGCUUAUCUAUCCCGCGGAACGGACCGUCUGUUUCAACAAAGCCCUAGAGCACAAGACGAAGACUUUGACGAUUUUGCGCCAAAGUAUUCAACGAGCGGAUCAGGACCAGGGCAAAGUGUUCAUGCUUAUCCGGCUGCUUGUAGCAUUGGAUUUCUUCUCCGAGGACUACGAGGCCGCUCGACUACACCAAGGCGCCAUCAGAAAGAUGGUCUCACAUGAAUUGCCAUCAUUGAAAGCUCGACAGGAGAUGCUUUCUAUCAGCGACGUGUGGAUUUCUACUGCGUUGCUACGACACACGGAAUUUCAUGUUGAAAAUUGGGACCCGGGGCCGCGGAAGCUCCAGCCCUUUGAUGAGGUGCUUCAAGCCGCGAAUACAGCCGCUACUGGGUGGGAAGCAUCCAAAAUAAGAGAAGGAAUUGCAGCAGUCACAUCAGACGCCUCAACCACGUCACAACCAAUACCUAACAAGUUCCUUCAGCACAUCCUGGGCGACAUCCGCGAACUCGUGACAGCCAAAGUUCUGCUCACAGACAUUCUGCUGGAGGAAAAUGUGCUCCGCUAUGAGGUUGUUUUGUGGCUUCAUAGGCGUGGGACUGCCCUAAUUGGACGACUCAUCAACUUCUUUAUGGACACUACGCUCUCCUCAUGCCAGGAUCCGGACAGCCUGCUGAAUGUGACGGUGGCCCUGGGGAUGGUUCUGUUCUUGGGAGCCGUGUUCGGCGAUGUCCCGUGCCCACAAAUCCCUCUGGGACGAGUGGCUGGUGUCUUCGGCGAGAAGGUCAGGAAGCUCUGGGGAAGAACGGUACGCGGAGAGGCAGAGGCUGAUGCAGAUCUGUUGCACUGGUUGCUCCUUUUGUGCAGUUUUCAUGGGCACAGAAUGAGGUGCACCGACGACAGUAACGGCAAAGCGAGCGACGAGGGAAAUGAGCAGACGCGUGACUGGGUGGCCACCACGAUUGAGUUCUGGUGCCUCAUGGCGGAUCCGAAUACAAUCACGGGGAUCUCGGAUGGCCGCACACCACAGAGCGCGGGCUGGGAUGAUCCCACUGCGGAUUUGCGGAGGCGCCUGAAGAGGAAGUUCCUGUACCUGGAGGGAGAGAUGGACGAGUACCUGAAAAUGCUGCUGGAAUGCUUUGGGCGUCCUGGAGACAGCACAUAUCUUCAACUGUUUCACCCCGAUCAGCAGGAGAACAUGGUGACGGUGGCAGAUCAGAACUCGGGUGCAGGGACUGAAGCAGGCGAAAUUCAGGAUUUGACAAUAAUCAACCGAACACCGUGA